AGCUGUCUCCUAAAUUCGGUGUUGAGAUCUCACUGCAUUUUCCAACGGAGUCUAGAAAGAGGAAACUGAGUCAAAACGAGGCUGCUGGGGUGGGUUCGUAGCUGAGGUGACCAGUGCCUCUAAGAAGGAAACCCAGAAAGAUCACCAGAUGCUCUGGGAAGAGAAGACGUCUGCGGGCCCCGGAGAGGCCUCGGGAGGGACACCCAGCCAGGCCUCCAUCUUGGACUUCUGGUCUGGGGACCCUGAGGCAACAAUCUCCCGCGUGGAAGCCCCGGGCUGCAGGCUUUUCGCACCUCACUGCAGACUAAAGUGGCUGUUCCCAGACCUCACGACACAGUCAGGCUACCUUGGGUCUGAGGCACCCCUGAUCUCCACCAAGCUGUGGGUGUUCAGCCAGUUGCUCCCCCGGGCUACUGGCUCCCAAAGGUCCCAGCCCGGCUCUCACCCCAGGAGCUCUUCCCCUGCCUGGGGCACUGACAACUCGACAUUUGACAAGAGCCCCAGGGACUUCUGCCCUGGGCACUGAGAGCCCAGGCUCCAGAGGAAAUGAGGAUGAUGCCUCCCCAUUCCCCAGCCCGACCCACUGUCCUGUCAGCCUUCUGGCUGCGCCACACGUGUGGUUCUCAGCCCAUGUGCUGGGGUCGCUGGUGGGGUUCCCAGAAGCCAAAGCCAGCUGCCAAAGCCCUCCUGUCUGUUCCUUCUGCUUCCCCUUUUGCACUUUCAAGGCAGGCAGUGGAACCACUGAGCUAAAUCCCCAGCAUCACAUCGAUUUCUUAAGGACCUGCAUGGCCACAGGGUCCCCAGGAGGUCUGUGGUCCUGCAGGGACAGUGUAGCAGCAGGGACAGGCAUCAUCUGGAACGGGCAGCUGACAAACUCUGGGGCAGAGGCAAUGAGAUGCCCUGGCCAUGCAGUCACAGUGGGGAAGAGCCCCCUGCCAGUGUUCCCGGCUGAAAGUCAGCAACAGGAAGAACUGUGGCUACCUACACAUCUCCAGAGACCAGUGCUUCGAGAAAGGCUGCUGCUUCAACUCCAGCAUUCCUGGGGUUCCCUGGUGUUUCUACCCGCUGCCCCUUCAAGCGUCUGAGCCGUGCCUUCCGGGGCCAGAUUCUGAGCAGUGCGUCAUGGAGGUCUCAGACCGCAAGAACUGCGGCUUUCCCGGCAUCACCCCCAAGGACUGCGCCUCCCGCAACUGCUGCUUCUCCAACGCGGUCCCCCAGGUGCCCUGGUGUUUCUUCCCCAAGCCUGUGAGAGACUGUUAUUACUGAGAAGCACAGAGUUUCUGUGGGCCGGACCAGCUUCCCACUGCGAGACCAGAGGAAAGGUCAGAGUCUGCCGGUACCCGCUUCAGGCUCCUCUGGUCCCUGGGUCUCUGCACCUUCCUGCCCCUUCUCUGAGCUCGCCUCACAGCUUCUUCAAAUAAAGAAAG